AUGUAAAUCGAUCAAUUACAGCGCUUUACUUAAAUUCAAGGAGAAGAGACUGAGACCUAAAAAGGAAAGCAAGUAUCUUUAAUAGUUUUCCCGAAAAAGUUUAUUAAUCCGUGUAAUACAUACAGAAUGAAAGGAGUAUCUUUAUUGUAUAACGAUAUUUAAGGAUUUUCAUCUAUUUGCAGAUGCUCGUUACAUUAGAUAACAUCAAAUGCUUAAAAUUGGUUUCAGUUGUCAAAAUCCUUAUAAAAAAAUUUCCGAAAUAAUAGUGGAUUAAUCAACUGGGACGAUCAAAUUAUGCUAUACACAACUUGAUUUCUCUGAAACUCCAUGGGAAUAUGUAACUAAAAGAUUAUAAAGCUUCGGUGAUAUUUAAAUGAAGGAAUUGAGUGAAUAUAUCAAGAAGUAUUAUGAAUAACUAAAUUCUGGUUUAAAAUUAGAAAAAAAUGACAUUGUAUUUCAAAAUAAACUAACAAAAUAUUUUAGAUUCCUAAAGAGAACUAUAGAUCCUUUGGAACAUACCAAUAUAGAUAUUUAAAGAGUUUAGAUCAAUUUUUUAUAUCAGCAUUGAUCUAUGAAAUCAAAUUAGUUGAAGAUUUAGGUUAUUAAGUACAAUAUUUUAUUGAAUCGUGCAUAAAGAUUGGAAUUCCGGAGUAUAAAAAAAAUUAUAAAUAAUAUAAAGAAUAUCUUUAUAACCUGGAUGCACAAAUAUGAAUUACUAUAAAAAUGUUAUGGAGUUUGCUAAACCUUUAACAAAACCAAAAGAAAAGUAAGAUUUCUAUUUAUAUUCUUCUCUUUAUCCAGAAGUAAGAAAUUUUAACUCAUUUCUUUAGGGUCUAAAAUGUAACGUAUCUUUUUCUGUCAUCAAAGAUCAUUCUGAAGCAGAAGUUGACACACUCAUAAAUUUUAAUUUUUAUUUAAAUUACUAGCCUUCAUUGAGUAAUAAUUAAGCCCUUAUGCUAAAUAAGAAAUUAAAAUCUCAAAAUUGUAUUUCACAGUAUUACGAACUCAGAGAUCAUCAUUAUUCAAGGUGUGGUUAUAAGAAGACUAAGUUGAAUAGAGAAGUGUGA